UUUGCGCGUAACCUCACAUAGAUGAGAGAUGCUUCCUUCUCAUCUUCCCUGAGAGCCGGCAGGACGGACUGCAUUAAGAUCUCUUCUACCUUCCUUUACUGUUCAUCCACAUUUUAGUGGGCUACUUCAGUCCCCAGCGUCCGUACCGACAGGUCUUGCAGCUGGAAUGGCUGAUCAUGCAAGGGAACUUGAGGCACUGGAGCGCAUACUGAGUGAUGAUGCAGGCGCAGAACCAACAAGGCUAGCAUAUGGACUUAUGAAAUCCAUCACAAACGAUUUUUCUCCAUCUCGAGAAAUUGGCAGCGGUGGGUUUGGAGUUGUUUACCUGGGAAUUCUUCGGAAAGGAACUGUUGCUGUGAAGAAGCUUACCAUGUCGCCGACUUUCUCUGAUGACCUAUUUCUGGAUGAGGUUCGAUGUUUAAUGAGAACAAAGCACAAAAACAUAGUAAGAUUUCUCGGCUACUGUUCAGAUACACAAGGAGAACUGAUAGAACACAAUGGAAGGAAAAUUAUGGCAGAGGUACGACAAAGAUUGCUCUGCUUUGAGUAUGUUCCAAAUGGAAGUCUUCAGCGUUAUCUUAAAGAGAAAUGUCAUGGAAAUGGAUGGAAAAUACGCUAUCAAUUCAUGAAGGGGAUUUGUCAAGGUUUGCAUUACCUCCACAAAGAACGCAUUAAUCAUUUGGAUCUCAAACCUGAAAAUGUUCUGCUGGAUGCUUACAUGGAGCCAAAAAUUUCGGACUUUGGCUUGUCAAGAUGGUUUGAUGAAGGACAAUCCAGAAUUGUCACUAUAAAUACUCCUGGCACAAGGGGAUAUAUUGCACCAGAAAUCAUAGACAAGGGAGAAAUAUCAUUCAAGUCAGACAUAUUCAGUUUGGGCAUUAUAAUCAUAAAACUGUUAACAGGGAGUGACCAUCAUGAAUUUGAAAAUUGGCAUGAAUCGAUUGACGUGGAAGGCCCUCAAGUGAAGAGCUGCAUUGAGAUAGCUCGAACCUGCGUGGAAGCGGACCAGCAUAACAGACCUUGUAUAAGUGAGAUAAUUGAUAAGCUGAAUGAGAUGGAGAAUGCUGAAGAAUCAAGAGAUGGGACAGGGUCUUCCAUGGUAAGCCCAUCUUCCUCAAAGGAGGUAAUUCCUCCAUCAACAAUGUGUCGUAUGGACAAGCAAGAUUGUGAAUAUGCCAAAAUGGACACAUGUUUAGCUGAUGGCAUGGGUCAUUCCAAGCAUGACAGCGGCGUCAGCAAAGAUACAAAGACGGUGCAGCUGCUGGGGCAGAGGAGGGUAGAAGACAAUGAUGGCAGCAACUUCCUAGUUCAUGACAAGGACCUGUACAAUGGUCCGAAGAUGAUGACGAACCAGAAAGCUAGGAGCGGUGACGAGAAGGGUCCCAACGGUGGCAGCGGGCCCUCAAACCAGGGGAAGAUGAGCGGCAUGCUACUAACACCACCAGCCAUGAUGAGGCCUAACAUGAUGCCAGGGGUGGGGAUGUUGCAAGCUGCUGCGGCGGCCGGGAACCCCAUCGCGCUGAAGAAUAUUCAAAUGAUGCAGCAACAGAUGAUGAUGAACAACGGUGGCACAGGGUACCCGAGAAUGGGCUACGGGAUGCAGGGGAUGUACCCAAUGCCACCUAACAUGAUGCAGCAUACCGCACCAACCAAGGUCGACCCUGUUAAGUUCAAGAACCCUGAGCCUGAGGGCGGCGGCGGCAGCGAGUCCCACGACUUGGACAAUGAAGAGUCCAAGGACUCUGGCAGCAAAGCCCACAAGAGCGGUGGCGGCAAACAAGACACGAAGAUGUACCCUAUGGGGCCGCAGAAGAUACAGAUGAAGCUGUCAACGCCAUUAAUGGAUGCGCCGGCAGCUUCAAAGGACCCCAAGUCCAUCAAGUUUAACCUCCCCGAAGACGAGUUCGAUGACGAUGAUGACGAAUUCAGUGACUUCGAUGACGAUGAUGACGAUUUCGAUGAUGACGGCCUUGACGACGAUGAUCCCAAUGCAAAGCAGGUCGGCGUGCCGCCACAUGCCGCCACCACCAGAGGGAGUGACAAGAAGGGCGGCAGCGAGAAUGAGAUCCCUGCGCAGAUCAAGGGGAACAAUGGAGGCAAAAAAGGCGGCGGUGGCGGUAAAAACGUAGGCGGGGCACAGCCGAACAACAUCAAGGGCCAGGAGAAGAAGGGCACUGGCACUGGUGGACUGGCCACCGGUGGCCUGAUGGGUGGCAUGCUGCCACCACAGCUGCUGCCGCCACGGCCACUGCCGCCACAGCAGCAGCAAGCCAUGCUGAGGCCUACCAUGAUGGGCAGCAGUGGUGGCUUCCCUGGAAUGGGACAGAUGGGCUACCGCCCCCACAUGGAGAAUGGCGUGCACGGCAUGCUGCCGCCGCCACCACCACCACCAACAGGAUUCUACCAGAGCGGCAUGCCGCCUUAUGAUCGGGAGCGGGAGAUUCUGCACAUUGCUGCUGCGGCCGGGAACUCCAUGGCACAGCUGCAGCACAGGGCAUUGGCACAGCAGCAACAGCAGCAGCACAUGGCUUUCUAUCUAUUUCUAUUCAUGUUCCUAUUCCUAUUUACUAUUGUUAUCAUCAUCAUCGUUAUUUUCACUUUUAAGGCACGUCGGUAAGGUUCGGAAAUAGAUACGGAUUAUCUGAACAAAUGAAAAGUAUGCAGACAAUGGCUCUAAUUGCUUUUUUCUUUCGUGUAAACAAUAUUCCGGGAUUCGUACUCAAAUUCCAAUAAGUACAUAUAGUUUUUUUGUUUCUA